UGCUGAAUGUUGUGAAAUAUGUGCACAUAGGCACUUGUCAAAACAGUCUGAUUUUUAUUGUUAGAUUUCUCAAGAUAGCUUGGUAUGAAUGGAAUAAAUGAUCAUGGACGACAACAUGCACCACAUCAGCAAAUGCAUAAUGCCAGUGACAGGCAUGUUCAGCUCCCAAAAUUUAAGGCAUUCAAGCUGCUUUCAGAUCCAUGCAUCAUCAAGGGUGCUGCAAAAAUACUCAGGUACGACGGCAAGGUGCCCAACGACUCCACGUACCCGACGGUGCAGGUGCGGGACCCCCGCUCGGCGCUCACACGCAUCCGGUCGCGUAUUGAGGCGACCGAGCUCACCGUGCCCAAGUUCCGGAUCGAUGAUCACUACGUGGGAGCACCGCCGCCGCUGGAAGUGUCGAUCACAAACAUAAACGACAACAUCGACAAGGCGUUUCUGGCCGAAAUGGUGCACGAAUGCGGCGAGCUGGACGAGCUGAUGAUCUUCUACCACCCCCGGACCAACAAACACCUGGGACUUGCGCAGCUCGUCUUCCGGUUCGUCCAGGGCGCCAAGGCCUGCGUGGAAACGCUCAACAAAAAGUCUGUUAUGGGCAAGGUGCUCAGUGUGUUCCUGGACCCGUUUGGCGCCAAGGUCCGUCAGAUGUAUAACGACCUGCUGGAGGACCGGCCGGUGCCGCGGGAGGAGCGGCCUCCCGCCCGGGAGGACCCGCUCGCCGUCUGGACGGAGCCGGAGCGGCACGAGCCGCCGGAGCCGGAGCACCACGAGCCGGAGCCGAAGCCGGAGCCGGCGCGGGUGCCGGCAGUGGUGGCGCCGCCGCCGGCCGUGCCGUUUGGCCGCGAGGAUUCCGGCCAGAGGAUGGACCUGGACACGCGGAUCGCCCUGCUGCUGCAGCACAAGUCGAAGCGUAGCCUGGCGCCGUCGUUCGCGCAGCUGCUGGACAGCGGCGGCGAGGCGGCCAGCUCGGAGUCGAUGAGUGACUCGGAGCACAGCUCGGACGACGAGCCGCCGCCUCCGCUCAGCGUCACGCCGUCGCCAUUUCUGUCGCGGGAGAGCUACCUGCAAAGUCACCGUCUGGCCUGUGACCGGCUGGCAGAGCUGCGAGCCGACCGGCCCAGCUGGCAGCGGCAGCGCAGCUCCCUGGAGGGACUCCGCUCGCUCCAGGAGCUCGGACGGCGGCUCGGAGUGCUCGAUGUGGACGACAGCGCGCGCACGCGGCGCCGCCGAAGACGACGGCGGCCGCGGGAGCCGCCCGAGCCCCCGCCGCCGCCGCCGCUCCCUCCGCCCGUGAACGGCGCGCCCGAGCCGCCGCCGCCGCCGCCGCUGCCGCCCGGGUUCGAGCCGCCGCUGCCGCCGUUCCCGCCGCCGGACGGCGACGACCCGGGCUACCCGUGCUGGCGGCCUCCCGACUGGGUGUACCCGUACCCGCCGCCGCCCGGCUACCACGCGUACGGCGCGCCGCCGGUGCCGGCCGAGCCACCACCGCCCGACUACGACGGCGCGCCGCCACCCGUGGAGGCCGAACGGCUCACGCCAGAGGCCGUGGCGCAGCAUUCCUUAGACCAAGUUGUUAAAGAAUUGAAACAAAUUUUGAAGAGGGACUUCAAUAAGCGAAUGAUAGAGAACACCGCGUACAAAUUGUUCGAGAAAUGGUGGGACGAGCAGGCGGAACAGCAUAAGGCGCAGGAGACCCGGACGGGCGGCCCGGCCGUGCCGGCGCCCAAGCGGGCCGACCUGAUGUCGCUGCUGGAGAGCAACCGCGGCUCGCUGGCCGGCUCCAGCUACGGCCUCGGCUUCCGCAUGGCCCUGCCCAAAAUGCCCUCCUUCCGGAAGAAGAAGACGCGUCCGUCUCCUCCGCCGGAGGACGAGCCGAGUCAGGCGCCGCCCGACUCCGACUCCGAGGCCGAGCCGGAGGCCAAGGCUGAGUCAGAGUCGGAGGCAGAGCCGGAGCCGCAGCGUCGGGCGGAGCCGGCUGAGCCGCGCUCCCGGCCCCGUCUGCCCAGUACCUCCAGUGAGGAGGAUGAAAAGGAGGAGGAGCAGGAACAGAUGUCGGAGAAGAGCGACCAGGAGGAGGAGAAGGAGGCGGCAAAGAGCGACUCCAGCAGUACAAGCAGCAGCAGCAGUAGCAGCGAGAGUAGCAGUAGCAGUGAAAGCAGCAGUGAGAGCGAGAGUGAAGCAGAGGAUGAACCGGUGUCGACAAAAGCGGAUAAGGAGAAGAGUAGGAAAAUCUCGAAGGAGACCAAAUCAGACGAGGGUGUUUCGUUAUCAGAGCCGGAGACGGUCAAAGAAAAGGAGAAGAAACGCUCGCCUUUCGCUCCGAAGCUGUCGGUGUCUGAGGAUGAUGAAAGGAAACGGCUGUCGCUGGAGUCGCCUCCCCUGCCGACCACGCCGGGCCGCUCGCCGGCCGGGCGCGCCCUGCUGUCUCAGGAGGAGCACUCCUACUGCCGGCCGUCGGCACCAGUCGCCGACACACCCUCCCCGGAGGAUAUCCGGGCGGCGCUGCUGCAGGACCACGGCUACACGCGGCCGGCCGCCCCCGCCCCCGCCGCCGCCCCCGCCCCCGCCGGCCGGGCAGGGAAGCGGCGCCGGGAGGUCGCCGAGCUGUCGGCCGGACUGCGCGGCUUCACCAAACGCGAGGUCAUGGCCGAGAUGGCUCUGCUGUACGAGUUCCUGACGCGCGGCCUCUCCGCCGAGGAUAUCGACUACCUGCACCGGUGCUAUGAGGGUCUGCUGGCGGACGACCAGAACAGCUACUGGCUCAACGACACCCACUGGGUGGACCACCCGGCCACAGACCGGCCAGAGAAGAGGAGGAAGGUGGGCGACCUGCCCGUGCACCGCACCGGCUCAGCCCGCACUGAGGGAUUCUACAAGGUGUCGCGCAAAGACAAACUCAAAACCAGGUACCAUUUCGGCCGUACGGUGCUGGAGGCGUCGCUGGCGGCGGCUGCCGCUGGCCGCACCGACCAGGGCUCCACGGUGCCUGACCAGCGCUCCAAGGCGGUCACGGCCGCCUCCAUCUCGCGCGAGGCUCGUAACAACCAGCGGCGCAUCCUGACCGUGCUCGGUGGCGAGACCGAGAGCGAACUGCUCAAACUCAAUCAGCUCAAGUUCCGGAAAAAGCAGCUCAAGUUUGGCAAGUCGGCCAUCCACGACUGGGGCCUGUUCGCUCUGGAGCCGAUCGCUGCUGACGAGAUGGUGAUCGAGUACGUGGGUCAGCACGUGCGCCAGUCGGUGGCCGACCAGCGCGAGCUGGUGUACGAGCGGCAGGGCAUCGGCAGCUCGUACCUGUUCAGGAUCGACCGCGACAACAUCAUCGACGCCACCAAGUGCGGCAACCUGGCGCGCUUCAUCAACCACAGCUGCCAGCCCAACUGCUACGCCAAGAUUGUAGCUGUCGAAGGACAGAAGAAAAUCGUUAUCUAUUCAAAGGAGCCUAUCGGCGUCAACGAAGAAAUCACAUACGACUACAAGUUUCCGUAUGAGGACGAUAAGAUUACCUGCCUGUGUGGCAUGCCCCAGUGCCGAGGCUACCUCAACUAAGCCCUGCCAGUGUACGGAGCUGCCGCAGCCGCCGAUAUUCGGGGCUGUGGAAGCUCGGGCCUGUCCCGCUGGCCACCUGACCCGGCCCGUUCGGACCGGCCGCGGCCAGGCGAGCUCAGCGGCAGGUAGGGGCCAGGGCGCGGCGAUCCGGCACCGCUGGGCGCGCCUCAAAUGCUGGUGUCAGCGCGUGUGCCUGUCUGUGUGUUUUGGGGGUUUAGGGUACAAUUGUUGUGUGUCGCCAGCCCGGGGCUGGGGUUUUCGCUGGCGGAUGUUCAACAAAAGGAAGUCCUUACCUGACAACGAAUAGCCGUGGGAACGAGCGGCGGUCGUGAUCGCUGGCGCCGCUCACGCUCGGGCGGCAGCGGCGGCCGCCGGGGGCAUACACCGUGUUCGUGUGACGCACGGGGGGCGGCCGACUCGGUACUGGCGGCGGGGCGGGCGGCGACACGUUUUACUGUGAAGAGACACACAGCGGCGUCCGCCGGCGUGCGGCACCGCCGCUGAGCGAAGGGAGGCCGCCGCCCCGCCGCCGCGCCUGCCGGGUCGGCCGCCGGUGGUUGUGCUGUUCAGGGGGGUCGUUCUGCACACGGAGCCGCGCGUCUCUGUGAGACACUGGCGCGGCCAAGGAGCUCACCGGCUGACCCGUGUCGGGAUAGAGCCGCCCGCGAGACGCGCCGUCCGGCCAGAGGCGCCCCGCUCUAGUCUUUCAGUGUGCGUGUUUUAUUGGAUGCAAUCUCACCAGUCGGCCAUCGUCUCGGCGGUGGCGUGUUGGUGUUAUGUCGGCCCGCGCAUGCGCAGACGGGCGCCGCACCAGUUGUUGAAAUCGUGCAGUACAGUGUCCAAUGAACUGUGUUAUCGUGACGAUAUUCCGGCUUUUUGCUUGGCACGAAACAAUCAGUGGAUUUGUGAUCCUGGGUAUGAGUUCACCGUCGUUUUUGUCCUAUCGAUCGUCAACAUGAAGCAUUAUAAAUGACAGCCGUCUGUU